UUAAUAUUUGCUGUUGCGUUGUUUGUUUCUAUACAUGUUUCUAUGUUUCUCGGCUAGCUGAUUGGGAUUAAAAAUCAGUCGCUGGAAUAGAACAGCUGAAAAAUAAGAUGUGUGAGAAUAUUUAACUAAUUAAUAUAUACAUAAGUGUAGCUAAGUAAAGCGUGGUGUUAAGAAAACAUGAAGUUUUUUGUAUAAAGGUAAAAAGUCUGAAAAUAGCUGCAAUAGUGGCCAAUAAGGCGUAAGAAUUCUAGGACUUGAAUUGCAUUGGUGAAUAAGCGGUGAUAGCCGUAAAAUAACAAAGGCAGGCGUACAGACUCGUUUGAUGUGAACGUGCACAACUUCAGUGUUUACUUUACCCUAGGAGGCAGCGCACCAAGUGGAAGACUGAAGGACGACGAAGCGCAACGAUUGGUGCUAUUCAAGUGUGAACUUUAAUCGUCGCCAUGAUCAGUGCAUUGCUCUCGCGGCUUAUAAUAUUAUCCUUUGGUACUCUAUAUCCGGCAUAUGCUUCAUACAAGGCUGUGCGCACCAAAAACGUUAAGGAAUAUGUAAAAUGGAUGAUGUAUUGGAUUGUUUAUGCUUUCUUUACAUGCAUAGAAACAUUUACGGACAUCUUUCUUUCAUGGUUUCCGUUUUACUAUGAGGUCAAAGUGAUUAUUGUUCUAUGGCUUUUGUCGCCAGCCACAAAGGGUAGCUCCACCUUGUAUAGAAAGUUCGUACACCCGAUGCUUACACGUAGGGAACAGGAAAUCGAUGAGUACCUCAAUCAAGCCAAAGAACGUGGUUACUCAGCAGUACUACAGUUGGGCACCAAAGGCGUCAAUUAUGCCACCAAUGUCAUCAUGCAAACUGCGCUUAAGGGUGGUGGAAAUCUGGUGCAAACCAUACGACGCAGCUACAGUCUAAGUGAUCUCUCAGAACCAGAUGUACAUCGCACUCAAGACGAGAUUGACGAUGUGGUGCAAAUGCGUUCACAGCCACGUAUGCUGCGGCCUCGUACCCAGCCUGGCAUUGCGCGCUCUGCGUCCGGUACGCGCCACUCUACUGGCAUGUAUUUUUCCGAGGUGGAUGUCGUCAAAGGUGCGGAUGGUUUUAACUAUAAUAUAAGAUCAUCAGAAGACAUUAGUUCGGGUUAUUCUAGUGCGGAGCCGGUUUCUGCUGGUCUAAGUAGAACAUCUUCGAUGACAAAUGCUUCGAAAACACGUUUGAAAGCCAAACGCACAGAGAUUGUAAAUGACCCCAAACAGUUUAGACCAACAGAGCGAGAACUCUUUCAGCCCAGUCCAUUACCUAUGCCUGGGUUUGGUCAUUUAAAAACUGAAAUAGGGUCAGAUGGUUGUGAAAGAUUAGAGAACUCUGCAGUUUUCGAUGCGCAGAAAUGCAUCCACACCUCAGAGGAUAUGCCACACGCAAAAUCUAAAAACGAAGGUGACAUCUACGCCAAGGAAGCAGCCCAGCCACAGUCAAAAAUGCAAACGAUAGAGGAGAUCAAUGAUUUUGAGAAUAGUUUUGAAAUGGAAAACGCAGAAAAUGUUAUGAAUUUCGUAAAAAUCACAGAAAUGGAAGAACAACCGACUCACAGUGAUACCACGCGGCAGCAGCAGGAUAAAUAUGAGCCUGCAUUACCUCAAGAAAGUCUAUCGUUUAAGGAUACAGAUGCGGAAGUUAAUGAAGUUGAAGUAGGAUUAACGGACGAGAUUAGUUUCAAGGAUAACAAUUCUAUUUGCAGUAACACCGAUACCUUCAACACUCUUGAAAGCAGCGAUGAGGACAAUGAAAGUGAUGAGUUUUCAGAUGCACUACCAUCAUUAGCCGACGACGACGACGGCAUUGAGACGGUGAAGGAAGAGAAACUAACCGAUCAAACAGUGAAAGAAAAUGAAACCAGCCAAAUGCUGUACGCAGAGAAAGAUUCUGUUGAACCUAUUGCCACAACUCAAGCGGCUACUGAAGCAUCGCCGACACCCGCAGAGUUGAGCAAAAUGAGCAAAGAGAGCAAAUUUGAAAAGCCUAAAGUCAGUGCUAAACAACUACAAGACACUUUAAAAGAAAUAAAAGACAAUUUUCGUGCCACUAUUGCACCCACAACAUCGCUACCAACAACAACUACCUACGAUAGUAGCAAAUUAUUAGCUCAACGCCUGUUUACGCACAACAAAGGCAAAGCACCAGCACCGCCGUUACCACCGCGCCCCACACGUCCAGUGACAAUGAGCGACAAUGUGGACACUGUUAUCAGUGCAGUACAGACUCCAUACAGCAAUACCGUAGAUGCUACUAGCAUAUCAUCGCGUAGUCCUUCGCCAGUGCCGCAUAAGAGCAUUUUCAAAAAUUUAAAAACGAAUCUCUUUCGUUUUACCAGCAACAGUAGUUUGGUCGAUAAGCAAAAUGACGGAAAUGUGGAAAAAUCCACGCACGCUUCACCGCCAUAUGAAACGCAAAUAUAGCUGCAGCUACAAAAACAACAAUAAUAUUAUAAAAACAACAUAUUUACAAGAAUUUGCAGUUAAAGCAACAAAAUUUUGCUAGAACUGUUAUGUCGGCCAGCUACACCACUCUUCCACGCACCAAAAAGUCUGAGAAAGUCAUCGUAGCCAGCUCCAAAGCGCGUAGCAAGUUGGAAA